AUGGCUACUGAACUCAGUUUGAAGGAAUUGAAAGACUUACUAGAUGACAACGAACUUGAUCUGUCGGUUCGGGGUUUAACUACCAUCCCCAAAGCACUUGUGCAGAUCCCCCGCGCCACGGAAAUCGACUUAGGAGCGAAUAAAAUCUCUUUCAUCUAUCCCGAAUUUUGCAAUAUGACGAGGAUUACGAGACUUGAACUUGGUAGUAACAAGCUUGUUGUGCUUCCUGACAACAUUGGAAACCUUGUGCAUCUCCAACAUUUGAACUUGUACAAUAACCAAAUAGAGGAACUUCCUUUAUCGUUCGCCAAUCUUCGUUCCUUGAACUGGUUAGAUCUCAAGAAGAACCCUUUGACUCAGAACUUGGCUAAGGCUGCAGGAAAUUGUGGAAGCGAGAAAGAAUGCAAGCAGGCUGCUGUUGGUGUGCUCACCUACAUGAAGAGUCUCAAAAAAGGCGUUGAUGAUUCUAAGGCUAAGCAGCAGAAAGUUCAUGAAAAGGUUCAGGCUAUAAAUGAGGCUCAGCAAGAGAAGAAAAAGAAGAAGCAGCAACAACAACAGCGAGCAGUUCAAACAAAUAAAAAUGAACAGGCUCAUGCUGAUCACGAGAAAAAGAAACAUCAAGAUAAUAUGGCCAAGGCUGCUAAACGUAAAGAAGUUAAGAAUGUCAAACAAUGCAGUGGUGGAUGUUUUAUAACAAAUUUCAUUCGCUUUGUUUUCAAAAUCGUUUUCUACAUUUCCCUUCUUGCUUUUGCUGGUUCGACCGUUCAAAUUCUUUUCAACUGCGUUGAAGGAGGCAAAAAAAUACCCGGAAGUGCUCCACUCUGCACUGACUUGAACAAAUUGACUGAGUUCAAGAAACCCUCUGAUAAGUUUUUCACUAAUGCAUAUAAUACAUAUGGAGUUGUACUCAACGGAUAUAAGAGAACUACCGUCACUUACUGGAACAUUGGCACAAAAUCUAUAAGCGUUCAAUACAAAAAGUUCGCUAAGAGCGAUAUUGGAAAAUCUUUUGAAUCAUUCUUCUACAAAGUCCAUGCUUUCGUCCUGGACAAGACUUUGGCUGUACAGAGAUGGGCUUCUUUACAGAUUAUUAACGUAAAGAAGUGGUAUGACCGAGAGGGACAUAAAACCAUUGGAGGAAUUGUUGAAAACGUAAAAGUUGUUGGAAAGAUUGCCUUUGAAAUCGCUAAAGAUUGCGUGUCUUUUGUUUUCGGUGUCGCGAAAUCUUUCUACCACCGAGCCGAAGCUUUUAUUCUCGUAGUACAAAAACAAGGAUUCGCCAAGGCUGUCGAAACAUUAACAGCUCAUUAG